UGGGACUUUCUUAGGCUAUCCACGUCAGCAACUCUUCUAUGGUUAAUCCACAUCAGCACUGCCAAUUUUCUAUUCUCUCAAUCUUUGAUUCACGUAUCUAUUGUUAUUCCAAUUCCAAAAAGGGUUUCAUUCACGUAUCUAUGGCUAUUCCAAUUCCAAAAACGGUUUCACACGUUCUCUUUUUUCUACCGAACUGUUUCUAUUCCAAUUCCAAAACGCGGUCUCUCUUUAUAUCGAUUUGUUUCUUCUUCCUCUCAAUCUUCAUACAAAACUCUCAUCCACUCUCAAUCGUGAACGGUGGUGCAACCUCUUUCUCAGAUGAAGAACACAGUUCUACUGCAUCACGUAAAAAUGCGAUGUCAUUUCGAGUUCACGCAUUAAAGAAACAAACAUGGUUGAAUUUAACUCAAGAUUCUGAUCGUAUUCAUCAAUUGUAGAUUGCAGAAGUUUCAAUUUCGUUUCUGGAGCAAAUGGCAGUGCAGGUUAACUAUAAAACGGUGGAUAAUUUGGUCGGUGUCUGGUGUGAGUGGGUUAAAUUAGAGUGGAAACAUAAGAAUUUUACAGGAGCAACAGAGCUUAUGAGGCGGCCUACUGCAGAGCCACCAGUCGAGGUUAAACUAAAAGUGGUGACUGAUGGGAUUCAACCGGUUCAGAUGGGACUUCAUAAAUCAUUGACAUUGUGGACCUUUUAUGCUGAUUUGGAGGAAAGUCUAGACACUGAAUUAGAUUCAGGUGAAUUUUGGGCCCUCUUUGGUGGUUUUGCCCCCAUUGCAAAAAAGAUUAUGAAACGAGGUGAUACCGUGGAUGAGAACAUUGAGAAGAUUAAGAAUCUUGAUGUCGAACUCAGUAGAUACAAAGAACAGAUCAAGAAAACAAGAUAAUCAAGACAGCAACCUGUGGAGGCAUGGCAUAAUGGAGCUCUUUGUGGUCAACUGUAUCAUCUUUUCUUUCUUAGCCCUCUAGAAAAUAUGAAUAUACUUUUCUACAUGUACUUGACCAAUACCCGGUUCAUUGUUUGAGGUCUGGAUCUGCAUGAACCUGUUCCUUUAGGUAGCAAAGAGUCCCAUAAGUUUCUGCAUCUGUCUUUUUCCUUUUAAAAAUUUAAUAAAAGUGUUAGUUGUAGAAGUUUCUAUAGCUGUGCGCAGUAUUUUUUGAAGUUCUAUAUAACCAGUAUCAUUAUGAGCAUGAUGCUGAUUUUGUUCAUAUAAAGAUGUUGCGCAACAAUACUUUUGUUACAGUGAAUGGUGCUUUCUCUCAGACUGGAAUCAUUGAUCCUUUUGCUAAGCGUCAUAUAACAUCUUCCCACGUUGUUCCUUUAGGCGGUGUUGGGUAAGUUUUCAGUCCUUACAAUUUCUCUUCUAAUCAUCAACUAACAUUUCACUAUCUAUUUUCUUCUUUUCAAACUCAUCUACAGUGCAGGAAGUAUUGGAAGAAGUUUUAAAUGUGAGUUUCAGCGUUGGCAGCUAUUCCCUCUCGCAAGUGAAGACAAACCAGAUUUACCUAAUCAGUUUUCUGUAAGAUUACAAAUUAGGAUUAACAAUUUUUUCUAUUUUUGCACAUCUACACGUUAUUUUGAUAGCUCGUGCGCUUUCUUGAUAGAAUAUGGCUCUGUACACAAGUUAGAUUCAAGUUUCAGGAUUAGUGUUUCUUCAAAGUUCCUCUAUAUAGUCAUUAAAGGAAAAAAGGACUUUCAUAAUUACUUAUAUUUUCUUUACUUCAUACUUCUAAUUAUAUUACUUUUAUUGACAUGAGGUUUGGUUUCAUGUCCAAAUGCUAAAAAAUAUUCAACUGUACUAUGCUCAGGGAAGCCGGAUAUAUUGA